CCCGCCGCCCGCCCCCUCUCCCCCCGCCCGCUCGCCGCCUUCCUCCCUCUGCCUGCCUUCCCCACGGCCGGCCGCCUCCUCGCCCGCCCGCCCGCAGCGGAGGAGCCGAGGCCGCCGCGGCCGUGGCGGCGGAGCCCUCAGCCAUGGCCUCGGGCGACACCCUCUACAUCGCCACGGACGGCUCGGAGAUGCCGGCCGAGAUCGUGGAGCUGCACGAGAUCGAGGUGGAGACCAUCCCGGUGGAGACCAUCGAGACCACGGUGGUGGGCGAGGAGGAGGAGGACGACGACGACGACGAGGACGGCGGCGGCGGCGGCGGCGACCACGGCGGCGGGGGCGGCCACGGCCACGCCGGCCACCACCACCACCACCACCACCACCACCACCACCACCCGCCCAUGAUCGCGCUGCAGCCGCUCGUCACCGACGACCCGACCCAGGUGCACCACCACCAGGAGGUGAUCCUGGUGCAGACGCGCGAGGAGGUGGUGGGCGGCGACGACUCGGACGGGCUGCGCGCCGAGGACGGCUUCGAGGACCAGAUCCUCAUCCCGGUGCCCGCGCCGGCCGGCGGCGACGACGACUACAUCGAGCAGACGCUGGUCACCGUGGCGGCGGCCGGCAAGAGCGGCGGCGGCGGCUCGUCGUCGGCGGGCGGCGGCCGCGUCAAGAAGGGCGGCGGCAAGAAGAGCGGCAAGAAGAGUUACCUGGGCGGCGGGGCCGGCGCGGCGGGCGGCGGCGGCGGCGGCGCCGACCCGGGCAACAAGAAGUGGGAGCAGAAGCAGGUGCAGAUCAAGACCCUGGAGGGCGAGUUCUCGGUCACCAUGUGGUCCUCAGAUGAAAAAAAAGACAUUGACCACGAGACAGUGGUUGAAGAACAGAUCAUUGGAGAGAACUCACCUCCUGACUACUCAGAGUACAUGACAGGGAAGAAGCUUCCUCCGGGAGGGAUCCCUGGCAUUGACCUCUCAGAUCCUAAACAACUGGCCGAAUUCGCUAGAAUGAAGCCAAGAAAAAUUAAAGAAGAUGAUGCUCCAAGAACAAUAGCUUGCCCUCAUAAAGGCUGCACAAAGAUGUUCAGGGAUAACUCUGCCAUGAGAAAGCAUCUGCACACCCACGGCCCCCGAGUCCACGUCUGUGCAGAGUGUGGCAAAGCUUUCGUGGAGAGCUCCAAACUAAAACGACACCAACUGGUUCAUACUGGAGAGAAGCCCUUUCAGUGCACAUUCGAAGGCUGCGGGAAACGCUUUUCACUGGACUUCAAUUUGCGUACACACGUGCGCAUCCACACCGGAGACAGGCCCUAUGUGUGCCCCUUCGACGGUUGUAAUAAGAAGUUUGCUCAGUCAACUAACCUGAAAUCUCACAUCCUAACACAUGCCAAGGCCAAAAACAACCAGUGAGAAGAGAGAAGCCCCCUGGGCCUCAGGAAGCUUCUCCCAGGAGUAUGGUUGGGAAUAAACACGCCUCUCCUUUGUAUAUUGUUUCUAGGAAGAAUUUUAAAAAUGAAUCCUACACACCUAAGGGACAUGUUUUGAUAAAGUAGUAAAAAAUUCAGAAAAACUUUAAAAAGAUGACAUUGCUAAGAUGCUCUAUCUUGCUCUGUAAUCUCGUUUCAAAAACACGGUGUUUUUGUAAAGUGUGGUCCCAACAGGAGGACAACUCAUGAACUUCGCAUCAAAAGACAAUUCUUUAUACAACAGUGCUAAAAAUGGGACUUCUUUUCACAUUCUUAUAAAUAUGAAGCUCACCUGUUGCUUACAAUUUUUUUAAUUUUGUAUUUUCCAAGUGUGCAUAUUGUACACUUUUUGGGGAUAUGCUUAGUAAUGCUAUGUGUGAUUUUUCUGGAGGUUGAUAACUUUGCUUGCAGUAGAUUUUCUUUAAAAGAAUGGGCAGUUACAUGCAUACUUCAAAAGUAUUUUCCUGUAAAAAAAAGUUAUAUAGGUUUUGUUUGCUAUCUUAAUUUUGGUUGUAUUCUUUGAUGUUAACACAUUUUGUAUAAUUGUAUCGUAUAGCUGUAUUGAAUCAUGUAGUAUCAAAUAUUAGAUGUGAUUUAAUAGUGUUAAUCAAUUUAAACCCAUUUUAGUCACUUUUUUUUUUCCAAAAAAUACUGCCAGAUGCUGAUGUUCAGUGUGAUUCUUUGCCUGUUCGGUUACAGAAAGUGGUGCUCAGCUGUAGAAUGCAUUGUCCCUUUUAACACCUGAUGUGUACACCCAUGUAACAGAAAGGGCAACAAUAAAGUAGCAGUCCUGAAGAAGGAACAUGGCAGAAAAAGGUCUGUAAGCACAGUCUUAUUUUCUUUUGUUGUCCAGGAUACUUAAAACUCUUGAGCCUCCCAGAAAUUGGAAGCUAAAUAAAGCAACUCAAGUUUCCUUUGUUUUGCACUCACUCACAGUGACUUGUGAUGAAAGCGAUGCAUGGGUGUUUUGCUAUUUCCCACAUGUCCCGAAUUCUGAGAGAGUAGGUAACAGGCAUCCUGAGUUAAGGAACUACCUCAGAGUACCGCAGACCGGGCCGUGGGUGAUAGGCUUGGGUUGCGGCUCCCCGGCAGGUGUGUGCCUGCAGCGUUUGUGCUGUGGCCAGAGCGCCUGGUCCAGGUGAGGUGCCCGCCGGCAGUGGGGGCGCCGAGGGGAGGCCCGGCCCCUCCACCGCGCAGGCUGCCUCAGGCUUCCAGUUGGCAGUGUCUGGUUGGAGAGCCUGUGAUCCUCCAUGCAGACAGUCCCGAGCCCGUGCUGGUCAGUGUGGCCGAACUCCACGCUGCUCUGCAGGCCCUGAGUGUGGGUGGGCGAGGUGGUCAGGUGACUAGAGAGGCGUGCUCGAUGCGUCCUGGGCCUCUCACCUCGUGACCUCUUCAGUGUGUGACUCGAGUUUCUGAGCUUUCCCUAGAGUCAGAUAGCAGACUCACUGAGGAUGUUUGAUCGGCUGCCAUGAUACAGCAAAAUCCCCUUUAUUCAGAAUGCAGACGCACUGUGUGUCGUUCUGUGCUGUGUGCUGGGCUCCGCGAGGUCGGUGACAGACCAGCGAAUAUCAGAGAUCCAUUUAACCAAAUGGCCAGGACACUGUCAGGUCAGACCUGUGGCCCAGUCUCCUGGCUUCUCCAUCGGUCCUGUGGAGGGGCUCCUGGCCUGCUCACAGUGGCCCUGUGGCUCUGCAAUUUUGAAGUGCCUUCUGACUCAUAAGUGAAAAUUUUAACUUCGACAUUUUUUUAUUCACCCAGAAUUUGUUAUCCACUGAGUAGUUUGAUGGAACUGAGUUAUAUCAGAAGAUCCCAGCUGUUGUCAGCAUGAGCAGGGCUUUGCUGUAUCUGGCAGUCAGGAAAGAGGUAAGCCCAUGGCAGAGGUCGCCUUUGAAGCUGAGUGCCCCCGUGCCAGUAUGUGACUCUUGGACUGUCUCUGGGCAGAGGCCUCCCUCCCCACUGGCAGGCUUAGCGGUCUCAGGGUGGCGCUGCUAAAAGCCACUCCCAUCAGUGGAUGCGUUGGAAGUCCAGCCACCUCACCCUCAUCCAGUGUUGUGCCACACUGGAGCCUGGCCCUGGCACUGCCCUCAGGACCCCUGCCCACAGGCCCUCCACCGUGGGCCCCGGGAGCCAUGCCGUGACCUGCAGGAGCUGAGCUCAGCUCCUGUGUGGAACGAGGUCCCUCUUCCUCUGUGCCUUGAUCCCUGGGGGAUGCCCUCGGUCAUCUCUUCUGUCCCCGUCCGUCUCUGAGUGACAGUCAGCAGUCCCUUUGCCUUUCUCUGUGCACCUGUGUUCCCUCAGUCUGCAGAGCUACCUGCUAUAAGGAGUUGAGCUUGGGGUUCAGAGGAGACUUGGAGGACAAGUUCCCUGUGACGCAGCACUCUGGACUCAGCAAUAGUGCAGGAAACUGAUGGAUGAGCCACCAUGUGAGGGGUAGAGGUAGUUCUCAUUGGGUUGCACUCAAGCCCAUUUUGCUUGUGGUUAGAACUCAUAAUUUUGCUAAAGAUAUAAUUUACUAAAAUUUGAAACGGUGUUCUAACAGUGAGUCCAUUGUCUUGAUGAUUAAUCUGAUUUAUAAGUACUACUGAUAGACAUAUUUUCUUACAUUGGAGCAUAAAUAAAUGCAUGUUUUUAGCAUAUGUAAUAUAUAAAGACCCCAGAGUUUACACUUAAGAUGUUGUUUUCUAUUUUUAAAGUUAUUAUUUUCCCCCGUUUUGGUGGUGGGUUGGGGGAGGGAGCAUAAUAUUUGUAUAAAGAACUGUCACCCAAGUGACAUUUAUUUUCCCAGGUGACGAGUUUCACGCGGUGUUUGUGUGCUUUGCUAGAUCCAAGGCCCGAGGAUUUGAGGAAAAUCAAGAUGUUUUUCCUGUUUGGUUUUCAUGUGCUAGUUCUUUAGUUACUUGCUUCGCUCUAUUGAAGGCCGUUGAAGGGAGUAGUGUGCGCAGUGCCUGCCUGUGUCUGCGAGCAGAGCUGUAGGCCCCACCGCAGAAGCAGAGGUUUGCCGUGGUGGCGAGGGCUGGCGAGGGCUGGCGAGAGCCGGGCCCCGCCACCAGCAUCGCCACCCUGCUGCUUAGCAAAGCCCGUCUCAGAUGGGGCUCAAACUGGAGUUUCAGUCGAGGGUGCAGGAAGACCUGGCUUCCAAAGUAAGAUUUUGAAUGGGAAACCCGAUAAUUCCAUCCCUGGCAGCUCCCCCGACAAAAACAGGCAGAGAGAAUUGAUCACUUCUGUGCCUCUGCCUCUGUGACCUAGACUUGGCAUGGUUUAGGGGUCUGUGGUGUCGAUCCUGAGUUCCCUAAGCUCUUAGGCCUUUUUUUUUCCCCUGACAUCUGACCCCUAGGGUGCACGCCCAGCAGCAGGUCACAACUGUGGCAAGAGCUGAGGUUGCUGCAGGCCCCCGUGUGAUGCCGCGGCCGUGCCGGGAGCCUUUUCCUGCCGGCCUGCCGAGGCCGCCUUCUUGCUGUCAGUGGAUUGCUUUGGAGCCCAGCCUUCAGGGGCACCUGUCUGACUUUGUGGCUCUUCGUUCCAGCUGUCAUUGGCGUCGCUGCGAUUGCGCCUUCUCAGAGCCCGUUCCCCUCAAGCUCUUAACCCAGGGGAUGGGAGAGGAAGUCCGAGCCCCGAGCUGUCCCUGGGUGAAGGUCGUGCAGGCCUCCGGGGCACCACGGGCUGCCGUGAGGUCUCGCCCUCCUUGCUGACCCUGACUUGUCUUGUUCCCACUCGGGUGGCAUUCCAGUGUGCUGGUGGGGAGAGGGUCUUCGCUGUGGGGCUGUAUGACCCUGGAGGGGAACGUUGAGAUAGAACUUCGGCAUCGGUUGGAUCCGCAGGCAAAUCAAAGCUACAGACUGGGUACAGGAAGGUGUGAGCUGGGCGCCCCGGGCCCCGUUGCCAGCCGGCAUUCGGGGGCUGCAGCGGGUGGAGCAGGGACUUCCUGUUGAUCUCCAGCAGAGUGCGUGAGAUUGGUCAGUGGCUUCUCAGUGGACACCCGAGGCCGUGAGGAACAGCAUGGGGUGGCGCGGCUGUGUGCUGUUGGCUGCUCCCCAGGGGUGCGUGCGUGGUCGCUGCCUGUGCUGUGGCAGGGAGAAGGGCUUCGGGCACCACGUGGCCUGAGCUUUCCCACAGCACCCAUACCUGCUGAGGCUUCCCUCUGGUUGGCAGGGAGAAUGUUCUUACUGGUCCUCGGUCACCUCACAGGCCCUGCCUCAAGGACUGCAUUGCGUCUCAUGUACAUCUUUUUCUUAAAGUGUUCUUUGCCAUUUCUGGAAUUGUCCUUGGUUUUUUCCUUAGCUCAUAGGUCAUAGAUGCAGAAAUAUUAUAGUAUUUAAGGCAUCCGCAUCAAGCAUCAGAUGGCUUUGCAUCCAGAAACACAUUGAUUACUCAGUUUGAAGCACCAAGCAUGUGUAACACGGCUCUAUAAAAUAUAAUAAACGCAUAAUGUGAAGCUUU